UUCAAGGCAUCAACAACACCAUUACGUGGAGUUCUAAAUUCCGCGUAUGUAAGCGACAAAUACAUGUACAACAUCACGGCAUCAACAACACCGCCGCAAAUAGAAAAAAAUGGGUCAGGCAUUUCGUCGAGCAUCUGGAAGGAUCCGUACGCCUGCUCCUCCAUCAUCAUCAUCUCAGCUGAAUAAGCCACUUGAUCGUAGCCAACCGGUGCCCCCUGUAAACAAUAAUCUACCUAGCGGUGGUAAUGUUGACCCUAGCUCUGAUGUUCCACCAAGAAACAGUGCUGAUGAUAUAAUUGAAGAACGUGACUCUCAAUAUGAUGCCAUGCUUAACAAGAUGGUUGGCCGAAUUCAAACAAAACCUGGAGGGAAACUGGAGACAGGUGAGGCAUAUGUGGUGGACAAGUACAAUAGACCAAUGCCAAAGCUAAGAAACACAACUCCAGAAUCGGGCAGAUAUGAACACAAACCAGCUGCCCCGGGCACUCUAAAUGUAGGGCAGCUUCGCCACAUCAUCCUUUUAUAUCAAGGAAAAGCCGAAGACCAUAAUGGCCCUAUGGAUGUCAACCAAAUAGCAAAAAGAUACCGUUUAGAUGUUUCUCAAGUUCAACGGGCUGUUCAGUUUCUUUCACUCCCCCCAGAAUUUCUCAAUAAACCAAAACGGGAUCCAAGGUAACACUUUUUUUUUUUUUCUAGAAGAUUAUUGUACUUUCAUGGGCGGAU